AUGCUACUCCGGUUCGGCAUCCGCCCAGCAGUUGUUGUCACUUCUCCGUCCGCGGUGGAAGAAUGCUUUACCAAAACAAACGACAUUGUGUUUGCCAAUCGGCCAUUAACGCCUUUAUCGGCAAAACACUUCAACUACAAUUACACGAGCAUGGGUGCCGCCCCGUAUGGUGACCUUUGGCGUGCUCUACGUCGUGUGGCGGCCUCUGAGCUCUUAUCAACUACUCGCCUCGAUGCCACUACCCAUUUACGUGAACAUGAACUCAAACUUAUGUGUAGACAACUUAUCAACCAAUCUUCACAACAAGUAAACCUUAAGUGUUGGUUUAGAGACCUUUUGAAUAACAUAACAACCAUGGCGAUUAUGGGGAAGAGGUACCAUGGAGAUCAGGUUAAUGUUGGUGAUAGAAAACAAGCUUUGGAGUUUCAGGGUAUGAUGGAGGAGUUGUUCAAGCUAUUACAUAUGCAAAAUAUUGGAGAUUUUGUGCCGGUUUUAGGGUGGCUAGGUGUAGGUGGUGUUGAGAAAAGAAUGAUAGGUUUAAUGAAGAAAGUAGAUAAGUUUCUUGAAGAGGUUAUAGAAGAACAUGUAGUUAAAGGGAGCUGUGAGUCGGGGAUUAUGGUGGAUAAAUUGCUUGUUUUGCAGCAAAAGGAACCUGAUCUCUAUACAGAUCAAAUCAUAAAAGGACUUAUAUUGAUAAUGCUAAUUGCCGGUACAGAAACACCAUAUUUAACUCUCGAAUGGUCAAUGUCUUUGCUGCUCAACAAUCCGAAUACGAUGGAAAUGAUAUCGAACGAGAUCAGCACGCAUAUUGGUUUUGACCGAUUGUUGCAAGAAAAUGAUUUGGGUAAACUAGGUUACCUUCAAAACGUCAUAAAUGAGAGUCUACGUUUGUACCCGACUCUUCCCUUGCUACUUCCACACGAAGCUUCAGAAGAUAUCACAGUUGGUGGCUACUCGGUGCCUCGUGGAACAAUGUUGAUGGUUAAUGCAUGGGCCAUUCAGAGGGAUCCCGUUUUGUGGGAUGAACCAAAUAAGUUUAUGCCUGAAAGAUUUGAUAAGAUAGCGGAUCAGGACAGGUAUAAAAUGCUUGCAUUUGGUGUAGGUAGGCGCGGAUGCCCCGGAGUUAAUUUAGGGUAUCGUAUCCUUGGGUUGGCAUUGGGAACUUUGAUUCAAGCAUUCGAAUGGGAGAAGAAGAUAGGCAUUGAGGAGGUUGAUAUGACUGCUUUUUAUGGUUUGUCUAUGGCAAAAUUGAAGCCGCUACAAGUCCUUUGCAAACCUUGUUCAAACAUGAUCACACAUAUACUUUAGGGUUUAGUCUUAUUAUAUGGCAAAAUUCAGUCUAAAUGUUUCAUGAUUAU